UAAAUAUCUCAUCAUAUCUUUUUCAGGUUCACUACUGUUAGAAUCGAAGAUAAACCCAAAUACGGCAUAUCAAAAACAGCAGGACACCCUGAUUGUUUGGUCAGAAGCGGAAAACUAUGAUUUAGCACUGAGUUUUCAAGAAAAAGCUGGCUGCGAUGAAAUUUGGGAAAAAAUCUGCCAGGUUCAAGGUAAGGAUCCUUCAGUGGAAGUCACGCAGGACCUUAUUGAGUCAGAAGAGGAACACAUAGAAGAAAUGCCUGAAACUAGUCCUUUGAUCGACCUUCCUACUUGUGAACUCAACAAACUUGAAGAGAUUGCUGACCUAGUUACCUCUGUUCUCUCCUCACCCAUCCGUAGAGAAAAGCUAGCGCUGGCCUUGGAGAAUGAAGGCUAUAUUAAAAAACUACUACAGCUUUUCCAAGUCUGCGAGAAUUUAGAGAACACUGAAGGCUUGCAUCAUUUGUAUGAAAUUAUUAGAGGGAUUUUGUUCCUCAACAAAGCGACUCUGUUUGAGGUGAUGUUUUCUGAUGAGUGUAUUAUGGAUGUUGUUGGAUGCCUUGAGUACGAUCCUUCUUUGGCUCAGCCAAAACGGCACAGGGAGUUCUUGACCAAAACAGCAAAGUUUAAGGAGGUUAUUCCUAUAACAGACUCCGAACUCAGGCAAAAAAUCCACCAGACUUACAGGGUACAGUAUAUUCAGGACAUCAUCUUGCCGACACCAUCUGUUUUUGAAGAGAAUUUUCUUUCUACCCUCACUUCCUUUAUUUUCUUCAACAAAGUUGAGAUUGUCAGUAUGUUGCAGGAAGAUGAGAAAUUUUUGUCUGAAGUUUUUGCACAGUUAACAGAUGAAGCUACAGACGAUGACAAACGGUGUGAAUUGGUUAACUUUUUCAAGGAAUUCUGCGCGUUUUCUCAGACGUUACAACCUCAGAACAGAGAUGCGUUUUUCAAAACUUUGGCAAAGUUGGGAAUUCUUCCAGCUCUUGAAAUUGUAAUGGGGAUGGAUGAUCUGCAAGUUAGAUCUGCUGCUACAGAUAUAUUUUCUUAUCUAGUAGAAUUUAGUCCAUCCAUGGUCCGAGAAUUCGUAAUGCAAGAGGCCCAGCAGAGCGACGAUGAUAUCCUCCUCAUCAAUGUGGUCAUUGAGCAGAUGAUCUGCGAUACUGAUCCUGAACUUGGAGGAGCCGUUCAGUUAAUGGGGCUCUUGCGUACUCUGAUCGAUCCAGAGAACAUGUUGGCCACAGCUAAUAAAACAGAAAAAAGUGAAUUUCUCAAUUUCUUCUACAACCAUUGUAUGCAUGUUCUUACUGCACCACUUCUGGCUAAUACAUCAGAAGAUAAAUGUGAAAAAGAUGCAGUAGUUGGGUCCACUAAGAGUAAUACAAUUUGUCCUGAUAAUUACCAAACGGCACAACUGCUUGCCUUAAUUUUGGAGCUGCUUACUUUUUGCGUUGAACACCACACGUAUCACAUCAAGAAUUACAUUAUGAACAAGGAUUUGCUAAGAAGAGUACUGGUCUUGAUGAAUUCAAAACACACGUUUCUGGCCCUGUGUGCUCUUCGCUUUAUGAGGAGGAUAAUUGGCCUAAAAGAUGAAUUUUAUAACCGUUAUAUCACCAAGGGAAACCUGUUUGAACCAGUUAUAAAUGCUCUGUUGGAUAAUGGAACUAGGUACAACCUGCUCAACUCUGCUGUCAUUGAGCUGUUUGAAUUCAUCAGAGUGGAAGAUAUUAAGUCCCUUAUUGCACAUAUAGUUGAAAACUUUUAUAAUGCACUUGAAUCUAUUGAAUAUGUUCAGACGUUCAAGGGAUUGAAGACAAAAUAUGAGCAAGAAAAAGACCGACAAACCCAGAAAUUGAACAGUGUUCCAUCUAUAUUGCGUAGCAAUAGAUUUCGCAGAGAUGCAAGAGCCUUAGAGGAGGAUGAAGAAAUGUGGUUCAAUGAAGACGAAGAGGAAGAAGGUGAAGCUGUUGUGCCUCCGGUCGAGAAGUCGAAACAGGAGGAUGAUUUUCCAGAUAGCUAUGAAAAAUUUAUGGAAACUAAAAAAGCUAAGGAGAGUGAAGACAAAGAGAAUCUUCCAAAAAGGACUUCAGCUGGGGGAUUCAAAUUCACUUUUUCCCACUCAGCCAGCGCAGCCAAUGGUGCAAACGGCGCAAACAGUAAAUCCGUGGCAGCUCAGACGUCACCAGCAAGCUCCAACGGCUCCUCCUCAAAGAACGCGACCCUGACCACGGCGGUGACCGCCACGAAGGGAAGUCUAGUUGGCCUAGUGGAUUAUCCUGAUGAUGAAGAUGAUGAUGAAGAGGAGGAGACAUCGCCACGGAAAAGACCUCGUCUGGGUUCAUAAAUGAAACCAAAACUUUGGAAUAAAAACAUUUAUUAUGGGGUUUCAAAUGCUGCAACUGUUUUAAGAGCUAAAAAGAAUCUGAUUGAGAAAGCUUUCUCCCAUGAGUAUAUAAGAUAAUACAAGGAGUAGCAAAAGAAACUCAGUAUAUCAGCUAGAAAGGGUUAGUUCUGUAAACACAAGGCUUCCAAGGAACUUGGUAUCUUUCUAGUAAAUAAGGAGUCUGCCGUUCAGGCUGUCAAAAAAAAUAAAAAUUAAAAAAAAAAAAG